CUCUCUCUCUCACACUGCGUCUUUGGCUCCUGCUCCAUCUCCUUUGCUGCGAAGCUCCGAGCUCUGCUCGGCCGGAUUUUUCAUGGCGCCCAGCCCCUUGCGUCGGCCAGCCCCUGCCAUGGAGCCUUCGGCUGUGCAGCUCUCUCCCUCUCGCGUGCCUUGGAUUUGUGCCGCGCCCUGCAGAGCUCCCUUGGUGAGCGCCCAGGUCGUCCCUCUCCGACUCUCUCUGCUGGCGGCUGAGUUCCCUGGAAGCCGUGCUCUGCUCGCCAUGGAUGUCGUCCACCAUGGUGCUCGGUCUAGACGUCGAUUCCCUCGUCGCAGUGAGCUCCAGCCGAUUCCUUGCCUCUUCCCCGUUUAAAUCAUGGAGCAUCAGCCGCUGCUCCCUGUUUCCGGCAGCCAAGCCCCUGCGCGCGCAUCCUCCCGCGCAGUCCCCAGCGCCACCGGCCAACCUCGCCGGCCAAGCUCCCUCGCCUUCAAUCCUUUAGCCGUCGCGCCCCUCAGCUCGCUGGCCGUGACCUCGCCGAGGUUUUUCCCAUGGCCGGCUCACUGCUCAACCCAAGCCGAGGUCUUGUACGAAACAGCACCUUCCAUGGCCGCUGCGUCGCGCUCCUUGUGCUUGCGCAGCUGAACGCCAUACUGCGCAGUGUUUUGUCCGAUGUCGAGCUUAGCUCAGUCUCUGUUUCUCUGCGCACGUCGAGUUCCUUGCCGCGCGCUGAGCUUUCUGUCGGUCUCCAACUCGCCAUGGUGUCCAACUCCUGUACCAACCGUGACCUACGCUUGGUCUUCCCAGCUGCGUUGACCUGCGUUGACCUCUGCUCGCUUCGCUCGGGAUGUCGUGCUGGGUCGCUCCAUACUUGGUGCACACCCAGCUGGGCGUCGCGAUGCUGUGCACCAUGCGUCACCAGUCAUUCUCACCAUGGUCAGCAGCUUCAAAAACAUGGACGCCCAAGCCUUUUUCCCAUCUUUCACGCCCACCUCGGUCUUCAUCCUCAACCUUUGCCAGAAAUUUGGUUAAAUGGACGAACCAGAAGAUCUCCAGAAUUUUAUGGAUGAAGAAGAAAAUAAAGUCGAAGAGUGACGCUCGCUAGAUGCUCGACGAAAGGCGUGAACCGAAGAUUUAUCACUAUUCCUCAAUUGCCGAAUUAAAUUUUUUUUGAGGUGAGUGAUUCACUGCUCCUCCAUGAUAGAUCGAAGCAUGGAAUGGUUUCGUAUAUUAGAUGCGAUAAUUUUCUUGUCGUGGUUAGGAUGUGUUGUGGCUGUAUUAAAUAUUCGUUGAUGUAUCAUAUGUGCGAUGUAUGUUUGAAUUGGUGACGAGAAGGAUAGGUCUAGUAUUUUUAUUGACUAGCCAUCAUAUUUUUCAGGAUUAUGCUAGUUUUGUUUAUUAAGAUGUAGUCGAUGCUCGACUCUAGUAGUCAUUAUUUUCUAUGUUCGGUGACCGAUUAAAUGUCUUAAGUUGAUGAAAACGUAGAUUAGACAAGGAGUGCUUAGGUAGACGUGUAGGUCUAGUACGCUUGAAUCAGUUCUAUGUUUACGACGUGAAGUAUAACGAUGAUGCGUGGAAUAAAUUUAGUAUUUACUUA